AUGAGAGAAUAUCGACUGCCCAUAGAGCUCACUGAGCAAGUGAUCUCCUAUCUUAUUGACCCAGGCUUCGACCCUGCCCCCUAUACCACUGUCAGCCGAGAGUGGCAGCUGAUCAUUGAGCAGCGCACCUUCAACACCAUCAAUCUGAAUUCAGAGCGACUAGCAGCGUUUAAGCAGAUCGUGGCUCAAAACACGCAACGCAAGACAUGUAUCCGCAACAUCAAUCUGAUUAUAGAUUUGGAACCAUAUAGCAUUGAGGCUCGUGCAGAGUUCGAGACUGCGGAGGAGCACCGCCGGAAUAAUGAACUCUUUGUCCCGGCAAUCCAGUCGCUGUUUAGCACUCUCGAAUCUUGGCCUGAAAAUGCAUAUGAGCCAGGCAUCAAUCUAUCAAUUGAAGCACUAUCUCCUAGCGAUGCUAUGGACCGUCAACGGUCAAGACAAGCUCGCAGAGAUCCGACAAAAGAUCUUGGAUGGCGGAGGUUUGAAAGGAGUUAUCUGCAAUUCAGCAAGGACCAUCUCAAGUGCCUUCCAGUGGUUCAUGCAGUCACAGCCCUCUCAAUGGGAGAUCUACAUCUUAGCCGGCUGAUCCUCCCAGCCUCAUGCGCCCUUAUUACAUCAAAGCUCCCUAGGUUACAUAGACUCAGUCUUAACUUAUCCGAUAAUGAAAAGCGAGACAAGGCUUUAAGGAAGCAAAAUCGAAAUGAUCUUGCUUGCCACUUUUAUCUCUUGCCUUCCUCAAUCAAGGAACUCUAUCUUCAGUUUACCAGCAUUCGUCCCCGAAAUGAGGACUCUACUCCUGCCAAUUUGGUAGAUGGGAAGAUAGAAGACCCCCUUAGUUCUUCAUUACGUGACUUUUCUCAGCAACUUACCUCCAUGAGCCUUAUCGAUAUUGUGGUGGGGAAAGAACUCUUCUGGCCUAUUAAUUCUAUGGAUGUAGAUGAUAUGCAGCUCCCCUCCUGGCCAAAUCUGACCACAAUUUACAUAGAAUGUGGGAUUACCACCCCAUCUGGGGAAUGGUUAUUUGAACGAGAUCCAUCAGAGGACGACGAUUUCGAGCCAAAUUUUGAACGUGACGAUUGCCUGCCAGAGCAUAAGCAGCGAGCGCCAGAGGAUCGUGUUCUAAACUCAUUCCGAGUGAAAGCAUCACCUAAGCUGAUGAAUGGCUUGUAUAUGUCCUCGGGCCGCGCGGCUCAGCGGAUGCCCCGGCUCAAGUUUAUGUCUAUCCAGACUAAGGAGGCUCGUGCCUAUCAUUAUUUUAAGUAUGAGGUCGAUGGAACAACUGUCGAUGGAAUGACUGCGAAGGCAACCUGGGACGCCAUGGGCGUGUUUACGCCAGAUGAUACGGUAUUGCAGGCUUGGAGAGAUGCUGCCUUUCAGCAUACAGGGGUGGAGUUGGAAGUACGGUUGACAGAUUGGGCGAACCCUGUUUAA